UGUUCCUCAAUUUUCAAUUUUCAAAAUCUUAUUUUUGCCCAAGGAUUCCGAUGUCAGCUUCAUCGAAUCGCCGCCGGCUGAAAGAUAUAAACUCCGGUGCCGGAGAAAAUCCAUCUUCUGGGAAAAAACCAUCGAGGUCUGUAACUCCAGUUCCAAUCUCUAGCAAAAAUCCGAGUCCUUCUCUCCAGAAAUCAUUAUCCAGCAAAGAGAAUCCCAAACCUAGUCACCGGUCAUUUGGAUCGACUCAGAAGCCAUUGCUCCGGCAAAUACCGCGCAUCGAUAAGUCCGCCGUGAAUGGUAUCGGUGAUGGCGAGGGUCGAGUUACGCGAUCCACGUCUUCUGGGUUACGAGGUAGGAGUUCUAGCCCAUCUGAUUUAAUAAGGGGUUUCUCGGAUUUGAGAAAGAGAAAUGAAUCUAGGCUUACUGGGGAAAAGGGUGAGUCGGAUUUGGAUAAGAAAUCUGGGUACAAGUCCUCCGGUUUCAAACAGGGUGAGAGUGAAAAUAAAGUCGGCGAUAGCGUUCGCGAGGAAGCAGAUGAAGAAAAUAAAGCUAAGGCAACUUCAAGCUCUGAUCCAGUGAAAUCAAGCAAAUUUGAGGGUUCUAUCACGGCUAGAAACUCUGUUUCUGAUCCAAAGGCUCAUGAUUUGCUUGGUUCUGGAGAAAAAUCUGCUGUUUCUUUGAAAUCUGAAAAGAUUGGGAAAGGUACUAACGUAGCUUUAAGAAGGAAGUCUUUGGAUAAUGUUGGGAAGGCAAUGGAGAUGUCAAAGGAGAUUAGAGGGAAUGAAGGAAGCAGCAAUAGCACUACUAAAUACCCAAGCAAGCUGCACCAGAAGCUUGCUUUUCUUGAAGGAAAGGUUAAGAAAAUUGCGUCAGAUAUUCAGAAGACAAAGGACAUGCUGGAUUUGAAUAAUCAGGAUUCAUCUCAGGUUAUAGUCUCUGAUAUACAGCAGAAGAUCACAGGGAUUGAAAAGUCUAUGAGUCAUGUUGUUGGAGGUUCAGAUCAAGAGAAGAAAGAAUCAGAGAGAAACAAACCCACUCAAGUGACGAAAGCAAAGACUUCGGUUAAAGGAUUAAACAAGGAAGAGCUAGAAGACAGACUCUUUCCUCACCAGAGGUUGCUAAGGAGCAGAACUCAGACCAAGGCAUCGUCACAAGACUCAAAAGGUCAUGGCUGUGAGUCUAACAAGGCAGUAAAGGUUGAAGUGAAGCCCUCAGGUCCUGCUGAGGAGAAUCCCAUAGCUCUAGAGUUCUUGGCCUCACUUCACAAGGAAAAAGACAUAUGUAGUAGUGAUCAGAAUGUGCUGGAAAGUCUGGAAGUGCAGGAGAUGGAUACGGAGGAAUCGUCAAAGGAAAACGAUUCUUCAAAGGACGUCCAUCUGACUUCCAACUUAGCUGAAAUUCUCAGAGCAGAUGAAGCACUCGAGGAAAUUGAUGAGGAAGAAAAUAGAGACGAGAUGGAGCUGGAAGAGAUAGAGGGUGGAUGCAUGUAUCAACUCAAUGACAUUGGAUCCAAAUCAUCUACCGGAGGUUGGUUUGUAUCAGAGGGCGAGGCAGUACUACUCGCUCAUGAUGAUGGCUCAUGUUCGUAUUACGACGUUGCUAACUGUGAGGUGAAAGCUGUGUACAAUCCUCCAGAUGGUAUCUCACCAAACACUUGGAGAGAUUGCUGGGUGGUUCGUGCACCGGGUGCAGAUGGCUGCUCAGGUAGAUAUGUCGUAGCCGCUUCUGCUGGGAAUACACUAGAGUCUGGAUUUUGCUCAUGGGAUUUCUACACCAAAGACAUAAAGGCACUCCACCUCGAGGAUGGAUCUUCAAGAGUUUCGAGGACGGCUCUUGCUCCUUUAUCCAACAACACAUCGCGUGGUAGGAACACUUUAGCUUGUUCAUUGAUACCAGACACUCAACAAUGGUGGUAUAGGCCAUGCGGUCCUCUUAUAGCUUCAACCUCUAGUUUCCAAAGAGUAGUUAAGGUUUUUGACAUACGAGAUGGGGAACAAAUCAUGAGAUGGGAGGUGCAGAAUCCUGUGUCAGCUUUAGACUAUUCGAGCCCUUUACAAUGGAGGAAUCGAGGAAAACUUGUCAUAGCAGAAGAUGAAGCAAUCUCUGUUUGGGAUGUCAAUUCCCUUCACCCUGAAGCACAUGUCACCAUCUCCUCUUCAGGGCGAAAAAUCUCAGCUUUUCAUAUCAAUAACACAGAUGCUGAAGUUGGGGGAGGUGUUCGUCAAAGAGUAAGUUCCAUGGAUGCAGAAGGCAACGAUGGAGUUUUCUGCACUACUGAUUCAAUCAACAUCUUGGAUUUUCGUAACCCAUCUGGCAUUGGUACUAAAAUCCCCAAACUCGGUGUUAAUGCUCAGUGUGUAUCAUCUCGAGGAGAUUCAGUAUUUCUCGGAUGUACCAAGACUAAAUCAUCAUCUGUUAAGAAACAGAAUCUGGCUUCUUCUUCUUCUCAAGUGCAGCAAUUCUCCUUAAGGAAACAGCGUCUCGUGAGCACUUACAAUCUACCUGACUCAAAUUCUCACUCGCACCAUUCUGCAAUAACACAAGUCUGGGGAAAUUCAAACUUUGUCAUGGCUACUUCCGGUAUGGGUCUCUUCGUGUUUGAUACUGCAAAAGAAGAGACCUUGCAACAGCCUUUGACAAGCGACCAUGGAAGCUUCGAAACCGUAAGAGAGAUUAUCGGUCCAAACGAUAUGUAUUGCCCUUCGUUCGAUUACUCAAGCUCUCGUGUCCUCCUCAUCUCAAGAGAUCGUCCUGCUUUAUGGAGACACCUCUUAUAGGGAAUAUUUCAGAUGAGUAUGCCAAGAAAUCAAGUUAAGAUGGUGUUCCCACGAUCUUCUCUUCUUUAAAAGGAGAUCUAUAUAUAUAAAUAGCACAGCUUGUGCCGCUUCGCUUGUGUUGUGUUCAUACUUUUGCUCUCUGUUUCGCUACCAAUUAUGCUCUUCUGUAUUCUCUCUUGUUUUUCUGCUCAUCUGACUUCAGUUUGUACAUAA